CUGGUUUUAGGCCUACCAUCAUCAUCAUCGUGUCCUUUAUGUCUUUAUUGAAGUCUUAUAAAAACGCAAGGGUUUUGUCAGUUGCUUUACUCUUGUGAUAUCAGUCCGUGCGUCAGUGUCCUCACACUGCAGAAGAUUUGAGCAGACAGGCUAUAGAGGGUGUGGAAACCUUUUAGAGUGAAAAAUCCAUAAGAAGAGGAAAAACAGAAGAGUCACCCUCCUGAAAAACUAUGGAACUGUCACUGGCUCACCCUGCUAUCAAAGCCUUCAUGUGCGGCUCCUUCAGCGGGACCUGCUCCACGCUGCUCUUCCAGCCUCUCGACCUCGUCAAGACCCGUCUGCAGACUUUGCAGAGCAGCGUGCAGCCUGGUUCGGGCAGAGUGGGGAUGGUGACUGUGGUCCUGAGUGUGGUGAGGACUGAGAGGCUGCUGGGACUGUGGAAAGGAAUUUCACCGUCCUUUGCUCGGACCAUCCCAGGAGUGGGGCUCUACUUCAGCACCUACUACUCUUUAAAGCAGCACUUCUUCCAGGACAGAAGCCCGAGGGCCAUAGAGGCUGUGCUGCUGGGAGGGGGGGCCCGGACUGUGGCAGGGGUCUUCAUGCUGCCAGUCACUGUCAUCAAGACACGCUUUGAAUGCGGCAGGUACAAUUAUGGGAGUGUGACUGGAGCUCUGCGCAGUGUGUGUCAGACUGAAGGUCCAGCAGCUCUGUUCUCUGGCCUGAUGGCCACUCUCCUCAGAGACGUUCCUUUCUCUGGUAUCUACGUCAUGUUCUACAGCCAGACCAAGGACUUGUUGCCUAAAGAAAUCAGCACAUCUGCUUCCGCCCCCCUGGCUAACUUCAGCUGUGGGAUCCUGGCGGGUAUACUGGCCUCGCUGAUCACCCAGCCUGCCGAUGUGGUUAAAACUCACGUCCAAGUGAAUCCACAGCUUAGGACAGUAGAAGCUCUCAGAUACAUCUAUGUGGAACAUGGACUCCGGGGGUUCUUCAGAGGGGCAGUUCCACGGGCCCUGAGGAGGACCAUGAUGGCCGCCAUGGCGUGGACCGUGUAUGAGCAGAUGAUGGCUCGUGUCGGAUUGAAGUCCUGAAAUAGAGAUUGGACGAAGAGAAAAGAAGAGAUUGAAAGUCAAGUCACAGAGUGAAGACAGCAGUGAGUAAACAGGAAGGAACUGCUGAAGUGCAGACGAGCCUGGCAGUGUUUUGCUUGUAAGUGUGCCAAAGACUUUCCGUGACUUACAGUAUUUCACCACAACAAGAGAUGCAGGCGGGCGAGCGAGGAAAGUGUACGCCUAUCAUCUGAAUGACUAACAUGCACAUUACAGUAGAGAUGUGGAGGAUUUGCUCCAUGAUGUGCUUUUCUUGUUUAUGGCUGAAGAUAAGUGUGGGCUUUUUUGUGUUUUCGUAACUCUGGAAAAAAAUCUUUCAAAAUUAUAAAGGUAUGCUGUGAA